UUCUUAUUCCAUGCACACAUUCAUACAGCAAUUCUCUCAUAUUAAACCAUGGCAAGAAAGAGCAAGGGUCGCCAAAAGGUGGAGAUGGUGAAAAUGCCUAAUGAAAGCAAUCUCCAAGUGACCUUCUCGAAACGCCGUUCUGGCCUUUUCAAAAAGGCUAGUGAACUUUGCACUCUGUGUGGUGCUGAAGUCGCCCUGGUGGUUUUCUCUCCCGGCAAGAAGGUCUUCUCCUUCGGCCACCCUUGCGUUGAUUCGGUCAUUGAUCGUUAUCUCACCCGUGCCCCCCCUCAAAUCUCCGGCACUAUGCAACUCAUUGAGACUCACCGUAACGCCAGCGUUCGGGAGCUCAACAUGCAACUCACUCAGGUACUUAGCGAAUUGGAGGAAGAAAAGAAGCGUGGUGAAGAGCUGAUUCAGAUGAGGAAGGCUUCUCAGGGUCACUGCUGGUGGAGGAAUCCGAUUGAAGAGCUUAGUUUGCCGCAGCUAGAGCAGUUGAAAGCGGCGCUAGAGGAGCUGAAGAAGAACGUGGCGAAGCAAGCUGAGAGAGUGAUGAUUCAGAAUUCUGGUCCUCAGUUUCUUGGAGGGACUUCAUUAAGUGGUGCAGGGAUUGAUCUUCCAUUUGAUCUUCAGCCAAAUAAUAAUAAUGUUCCUGGUGGCCUCAAUCCGAGUAUGAUGGCUCCUCAUGGAUAUAAUAAUCCUGCAUUCGGACAUGGAUUUUACUGAAAUUGUUGAUGGUUUAUUACGAUGUUGAAAGGUCUCUGCCAUAACACAGUUUGCUUCAGUUUAUUCAUGGUUAUAUAUAUAUAUUAUCCAUGUUUUUGGGUUGAAGUCUUUUAAUCUUUAAUGAUGUGUCUGUCAUUUGGUUUGAAAUACCUUUGAUUAUGUGGAGAUGAAUAAAUUGUAUUUCUGUUUAUUUCAAUGAGAAAAUUACACACAAAUUUAUA